GGUUUCGUGGAAAAGCUGAGAACCACUGCUUUAUCAGCUACUAUACACAGUCUCAAUCCUCGCGAGAGGAAUUAUUUUUAUUUUAGUGCUGCAAUAACCAUCCCCGCGUUUGGAUCGUUUACAAGUCAUACUACGAGGAUGUGUUUCAUUUUUCGAUUAAUUGCGGUGUUCUGUUUGACCGCCGCCUCCUGCGCCACCGACAAUCCGUUCAACGCAGACGGCUGUGGACCCAAUAUCUAUGGUGAGACGCUCUCCAGGCCUACGAUAGGUCGCUUGAUGGAGUUUCCGUGGUUGGCGCGCCUAGGAUACCGCAAAUUCGAUGAAGACUCGAUCGAGUACCUUUUCCAGGGGACGCUGAUUCAUCCGAGAUAUGUAGUGACUACGGUUUUUGCUGCCGGUUACAAUCGAAAUACUUUGGAAUUCGUCCGCCUUGGAGAUUAUCACACUGAAACGGACGAGGACUGCCAGGAGAUCAGCGAUAAUGAGCUGUGUGCUCCACCACCUCAGGAUAUCCCAAUCCAGCAGAUCAUCCGACAUCCAAAGCACAACAAACCCAGAUUGGCCAACGAUCUGGCACUUCUGAAACUGCUCAAUCCAGCCAACAUAACCACGCCAUUUGUGAGGCCCAUCUGCAUCCCGACUGACGGCAACAUCCCCCUGAACGAGUUUGCUGCUCUCUUCAUCUCGGCUUGGUGCGGAAGUGUGAAGUCUGGCAUUUCGGUGGUUCCCAAACAGUACCGAAUGCAACUGAUAAGCGAAUCGCUGUGUGCGGAGAAACUCGCCUCUCACAUCCACAUCGACUUUGAUCAGUCGCAGUUCUGCGCUGUGAUGGAUCUGGACAAGCAACAGAAGCUGAAUGUCAAGGAUUUGAACUUACGAGGAAGUACAGGAGCUCCGGUGCAGAUGUUGGGCCCGGAUGGGAGCUUCUACUUGGUGGGAAUCACUUCCGUUGGAGUGCGAAAUGCUCCCAUCGAGAUGCCGUACGUGUUCGUAAGGGUACAGGAAAUGACCGAAUGGUUGAUGCAAACUGUGGUAGGUGAAGAGCAGAAACGAAAGUGGACUUGAACGGAGACGUUAUCGUUUGACUAGUUUGCUGGAACUAGUACUGGUACAAAUGUGUACAAAUAUGUUUUAUAAGAAAAAUACAAGCAGUUUCAAACAAAAUAAAUAAUUUUCUCAUA